CCAAAUCUUCUCGGCAACCUCAUUUACCUCCUACAUAUUUGAUAAUAGUUCUGAUAUGGGUGACCCCGUAGAGGAACGAGAUGUAAAACUGGUUGCGGAAUCAGAGCCAGAGAGGCUUACGAUCGACGCCAUGCUGCAAAAGUAUUGUGGUGAAUUUGGGCCAUGGCAGUUAAGGAAUUUCUUGUUGAGCAAUUUGAGUUGCACCCUUGAGGCCUUCCAUACAAUGGUCAUGAUCUUCGCAGACCGGGAUGUGGAGUGGCGAUGUUUGGAUCGCUACGGGUGUGACGCAACGGCGAAAGAUGUGUGUGGACUAAAACCUGGGACAUGGGAGUGGGUUGGUGGCCGUGGAAGCUCGACGGUGGUGGAGUGGAGUUUGGUUUGUGGAGAUAAGUAUAAAGUUGGAUUGGCUCAAGCCAUUUUCUUCAUUGGUUGCACAUUAGGUGCAGGAAUCUUUGGGCAUCUCUCAGACUCAAGCUUUGGUAGAAAACGAUCAUUGAUUCUAGUUUGUAUCUUAAACACCGUUUUUGGCUGCUUAACAGCUCUCUCCCCUUCUUAUUGGAUUUAUGUCCUCCUCCGCCUAUUGACCGGAGUCAGCACCGCCGGCAAUGCCCUUUGCGCUUUUGUUCUUUCCACGGAGCCCAUUGGUCCCACAAGACGAGGCACAGCAGCGAUGUCUUCGUGCUACUUUUUCUCUGGUGGCAUUGCGUUACUCUCUGGAAUCGCAUAUAUCUUCCAAUCAUGGCGCAAACUCUAUAUUGUCUCUUCAAUUCCCUCACUCGUUUACCUCAUUGUUGUCGUCCCCUUCCUCUCCGAGUCUCCGCGAUGGUUUCUUGUGAGAGGAAAGCUCGAGGAGACCAUGAAAACUCUAACCACCAUAGCACACUCCAACAAUAAGCACAUUCCGAAAGGAGUCGUCCUCACACUCGACACAAAAAACAAUCAAACAACUGAUAACAAGAACAACAACAUUAUUGACAUAAUGCACUCACCCACCGCUCGGACACGACUUAUCGGUGGAGUGGGGGUGAAUUUCAUGAACGCAGUGGUGUAUUACGGAUUGAGCUUAAACGUCGUCAACCUAAAGACAAAUUUGUACAUUAACGUUCUUUUGAACGCGGCGGCGGAGAUGCCUGCAUUCGCGGUCACAACGGUGUUGUUGGGGAAGAUGGGGAGGAGAGGGGUGGGGAUUUGGACCUUUUGGUUUAGUGGGGUGUUUUGUUUGAUGGGAAGUUUGAUCAAGAGUAGUAGUAGUAGUAGUAGUAGUAGUAGUGAAGGGAAAUGGAGAAUAUUGAGAAUGGUUUGUGGGCUGUUAGGGCUAUCAGGGAUGGCAGGGAAUUACAAUUUGUUGGGAUUAUAUGUUGCUGAGCUUUUUCCAACAGUUGUGAGGAAUGUGGCUUUGGGAUGUGCUUCACAAGCCACACAAAUUGGGGCAAUAUUGGCACCUUUUGUGGUGGUUUUAGGGGGAAGAUGGCCAUUUUUUGUGUUUGGAAUUUGUGGAAUUUUGGGUGGAAUGCUUAUGUUUCUUCUACCUGAGACUCUUAAUAGGCCUUUCUAUGAUACUUUGGCUGGUUUGGAAGAUGGAGAGAAUAACAAUACUAAUAAUAUUGUUGCUUCUUCUUCUUCCAUCAAUGUUCUGCCCCUAAGUUUGAAUAAUAUUUGACCCAUUUUACCUGCGUUUAAUCUAC